GUGUGUCUGAGUGUGUGAGCAAGCUCUUUUUGUGUUUGCUUGCCUGUCAUGCCCCUGCCUGCGCCUGAUGUCCCGGCCUCUCGGAGGCUGGCACUGGACUGUCGCACUCUUCUGGACCAUCGCGUUGGCAAGGGGGUGUGUGGUUGUUGUGGGGCGCUGAGGCCUCGGUACAAGAGGCUAGUAGACAACAUCUUUCCAGAAGACCCAGAGGAUGGGCUGGUGAAGGCUAACAUGGAGAAGCUGACAUUCUACGCCCUGUCAGCUCCAGAGAAACUGGACCGUAUCGGAGCUUACCUGUCUGAGAGGCUGUCAAGGGAUGUGGCUCGUCAUAGAUAUGGGUAUGUGUGCAUAGCCAUGGAGGCCCUGGACCAGCUGCUGAUGGCCUGCCACUGCCAGAGCAUCAACCUGUUUGUGGAGAGUUUCCUUAAAAUGGUGCGCAAGCUGCUAGAAUCAGAUAAGCCGAACCUGCAGAUCCUUGGAACCAAUUCGUUUGUGAAGUUUGCCAACAUAGAAGAGGACACACCGUCGUACCACCGUAGCUACGACUUCUUCGUGUCACGCUUCAGUGAGAUGUGCCACUCGAGCUACGAGGACCCAGACAUCCGCACGAAGAUCCGCAUGGCAGGCAUCAAGGGCUUGCAGGGUGUGGUGAGAAAGACGGUGAACGACGAGCUCCAGGCUAAUAUUUGGGACCCCCAGCACAUGGACAAGAUCGUCCCCUCGCUGCUCUUUAACCUACAGAGUGGAGAAGGAACUGAGAGCCGCUCUCCCUCUCCUCUGCAGGCGUCGGAGAAGGAGAAGGAGAGCCCGGUGGAGCUGACGGAGCGCUGCUUCAGGGAGCUACUGGGCCGUGCCGCCUAUGGGAACAUCAAGAAUGCCGUCACGCCCGUGCUCAUGCACUUAGAUAACCACUCUCUAUGGGAGGGGAAGACCUUUGCGGUGCGCUGCUUCAAAAUCAUCAUGUACUCCAUCCAGUCCCAGCACUCUCAUUUGGUGAUUCAGCAGCUGCUGAGCCACCUGGACGCCAACAGCAAGAACUCGGCCACAGUGCGGGCCGGGAUUGUGGAAGUCCUGCUGGAGGCAGCUGCCAUCGCAGCCAGCGGCUCUGUAGGCCCAACAGUGCUGGAAGUCUUUAAUACCCUGCUGCGGCAGCUGCGGCUGAGCGUCGACUAUGAGCUCACAGGCUCUUACGACCUGGGCAGCAACAUCGGCACCAAAAUCAUCAAAACCCACGAGGAGAGACAGCUGCAGGAAGCUGUCAUCAAGACCAUCGGUUCAUUUGCCAACACUCUGCCAACGUACCAGCGGUCAGAGGUCAUGCUCUUCAUCAUGGGUAAAAUCCCUGUACCUGGGGUCCACCCAGCUCUGGUUUCCACAGGCUCUGGGCCUGAGGGCAUCAGGAUGAUCCAAGUUAUGCUCCUUAAGUCGCUGGUCCAGGUGACCACGGGCUUCCAGACCACCAACAUGCUAACAGCUCUGCCCAGCUCCUUUUUGGAGCCUCUGCUGUCCUUCUCCCUGACUGAGGACCCUGAGGUUCGGCUGCUGGUGCUCACCAUCCUCCUCAGCCUCAUAGACCGACAUGACAACUUGCCCAAGUUCUCCACUAUAAGUAUUAUCUCCGAUAUCUCUGUACUCAAGCUCAAAGUGGACAAAUGCUCCAGACAGGACAACCUAUUCAUGAAGAAGCACGGUCAGCAACUGUACCGACACAUCUACCUGGGUUGUAAGGAGCAGAGCAGCGGGCAGCAGCACUACGAGACCCUAUUCACCCUGCUGGCCCUCCUCAGCAUGGAGCUGGCCAAUGAGGAAGUGGUGGUGGACCUCAUCCGUCUGGCACUCGCUCUGCAGGACCUAGCUCUGUCCACUGAGGAGUCUCUGCUUGUGUACAAUCGCUGUGCCAUCCACGCGCUUGCUGCAGCCUACCUCAACCUCAUCUGCCAGCUCACCACUGUCCCAGCCUUCUGCCAGCACAUACACGAGGUAAUCGAGACGAGACAGAAAGAGACACCCUACCUCUUGCCUGAGGACGUCUUUGUAGAAAACCCCAAGCUGCCGUCCUCUCUGGAGAAAGCAGAGGGGGAUGUGUUGUUUCUGCAGUCGAAGAUCACGGAGGUCCUUGGAGGUAGUGGAUACAACACAGAGAGACUGGCCACACCCUACGUGCCCCAGUACACUGAUGAGGAUCGUUUGUCCAAGAGAAAGAGCAUCGGAGAGACCAUCUCACUCCAGGUGGAGGUGGAGUCACGGAACAGUCCGGAGAAAGAGGAGAGAACACCAGCAGAGGAGAUUACAUUUGAAACCCUGAAAAAUGCCAUUGUAGACAGUGUGGGUAUGGAGGAACAGGAGAGGGAGCGUAGGAGGCAGGUGGUGGAAAAGUUCCAGAAGGCCCCCUUUGAAGAGAUAGCUGCCCAUUGUGGCGCCAGGGCUACAUUACUGCAGAGCAAGCUGAAUCAGAUCUUUGAGAUUACUAUCAGACCCCCGCCCAGCCCGUCUGGCACCAUCUCAUCGGGUUAUGGCCAAACCCAGAGUCGAUCUGUGCCUGUCUACGAGAUGAAGUUUCCUGAUCUUUGCGUGUACUAGUCCAGGCUAGAAUCCCGUUAUUUUCGGCUGAAGCUACGCCAAGAAACAUUGAGGAUAAUAAUGAACACAUGACGGAUUAAAGGUUGUAAAGCCCACACCCUCCACCUGGACUGAUGUUGUGCAUGCCCCACAAGUCACUGACUUUUCCCGACAUUUGUUUGUCACAUAGUGCAAUUCAUAAUACCCCGUUGCAUAAAAUAGUGUAAACAUCAAACUUGGAAAUAUUAUAUGUGGUAUUCCUUUUAUUGUCAUGAGUAUGUAAAGUGGGCUGUAAAGUAAUGUACAGUAUAUUUGAAUUUACAUUGACUUACACUUUAAAAUACUCUGCUGUUACUUCCACCCAAAUCUUAUAGCUUGUAUCAAACCUUGGUUUUUAAUGCUCAAUGCUUUAAUGUUGGGUUUUGUCCAGGAGUUUUCUUUAGUGUUAUCCGUAAGUGCUUUUGGUUAUUGUGGGGCAUUUCACCUACUAGGUAUUUAUAUUAUUGUUAUUAUCCAUUGUUAUUAUUAUCCAACCAUCCAUUAUCCAAGCCGCUUAUCCCAAUCGGGGUCGCAGGAUGCUGGAGCCUAUCCCAGCAGUCAUUGGGCGGCAGGC